AUGUUAUUUAUUGUAUUGUCUUCUCCAAUUGACUAUAUCAACAAUGCUUCUUGUGUAUGUAAGAACAGAAAUCAAUUUAAUUCAUAUUAGGUCUUUCUGGAUGAAAAAAAGUAAGAGCUUAUUUGAUAUAUCAAGAGUCUCGAGAACCCAGUUGUGUUAAUUUUAGAAGGGCUAUUGACUUUGACAAUUUGUAAUGAUAUUGUUCUGAAAGUUAUCACAGAAGGAGCAGUAUUAUAAUUUAUUAUUUUAUAUUUUAACACUUAUAAAAGGUAUUCUUCACAGCAGCUUGGAAUAUUUUCGAUUUAUGUGCUUUCUUAUCAAUCAUAGCCUGUAUAAGAAUGCAAUAAGAAGUGUAUUAUGAUGAACUUUUUGGAAUUUCACUAAUUUCGAUGCGUUAUUUGUCACUUACUGUUCGUUUAGUUGUUUUGCUCAAAUAGUAUUCAAUAUGAUUUGAUAAUUAAGAUCUUAUGUAAUUUAAAUGAUGCAACAGCAAAGGGACAUCUUGAUUUACAAAAAAUCUAGAAACUAGGAUCUCAGUAUCUUAGACAUAAGUUCUGA